GGGCGCGGGUCUCGUUCAGUUGUCGGUUUGCACUUGCGCGUUGCGGACGUCUCGCCCGCCCCGAUCUCCCUAUCUCUCGCACACACUCUCCUAUAUCUCGUUCCGGAAUCGGGAUAUACAUAUAGCUGAUCCGUACACGUAGCCAGAACCAAGAUGUUGCGGCUUUCUCUGGUGGCCGUGCUGCUGGCUGUUGCUGGUGUCAAUGGCCAGGGAAAGGAGAAGGAGGAGUUCCAGUGUCCCUCACACAUUGCCAAUGGCAACUACGCUGAUCCGGCGACCUGUCGUCGUUUUUACCAGUGCGUCGAUGGAUUUCCGUAUUUGAACCGCUGUCCAUCCGGACUUUUCUUCGAUGAUCUGCAGAAGUACUGCACAUUCAAGGAUGAGGCCAAGUGCGGUCCUCUACCAACAACACCCGCCCCUGCCACCGAGGCCCCGGCUGACACCGCCCAGCGGUGCAACACGGAGGAGUGCGCCCUGCCCUACUGCUUCUGCUCCAAGGACGGCACCCAGAUUCCCGGCGACCUGGAGGCCGAAAAGAUCCCCCAAAUCAUUAUGCUCACCUUCGAUGGGGCGGUGAAUCUGAAUAACUACCAGCAUUACCAGAAGAUUUUCGACGGCAAGCGCAAGAAUCCCAACGGCUGUCUGAUUCGGGGCACCUUCUUCAUGUCCCACGAGUACAGCAACUACCAGCAGAUCCAGCACCUGGGAUACUAUGGACACGAAAUCGGAACGGAGAGCAUCUCGCAGCAGCAGGGGCUGCAGGACAAGGGCUACGAGGAGUGGGUGGGCGAGAUGAUUGGCAUGCGUGAAAUCCUGCGACACUUCGCCAAUGUGUCCGUCAACGAUGUGGUCGGCAUGCGAGCCCCCUUCCUCAAGCCUGGCCGCAACACCCAAUACAAGGUGCUGGAGGACUUCGGGUACAUCUAUGACAGUUCGAUCACCGUUCCACCGGUUGCCGUACCAGUGUGGCCGUACACCCUUGAUUACAAGAUCUCGCACGAGUGCAAGAGCGGCACAUGUCCGUCGCGCACCUUCCCAGGCGUUUGGGAGGUGCCCCUUAACACCCAUUACGUGGAGGGAUACGAGGGUGGUCACUGUCCCUACCUGGACCAGUGCGUCCUGCACAACCUCGACGAGGAGGAGGUGCUACAGUGGCUGCAGGAGGACUUCUCGCGCUACUACGAACAGAACAAGGCGCCCUACAUGAUGCCCUUCCACACCAACUGGUUCCAGACAAAGCCACUGGAGAACGGACUGCACAAGUUCCUCGACUGGGCCCUCGAACUACCUGACGUCUACAUCCUAACCGUCACCCAGAUGCUGCAGUACAUGACCGAUCCCAAGGAGCUGCGCGACAUUAGCCAAAUCGAGGCGUGGAAAUGCGACAAGAGCGUAGCGGUGGCCCCGAAGCCCUGCAACAUCUGGCAAACGUGUGCGCUGCCCUUCAAGAUCCCCGAACAGAACGUGACGGAUACGCGCUAUAUGGAGACCUGCCGGGAAUGCCCCAAUGUGUAUCCCUGGCUGGGCGACGCCGGCGGUACGGGAAUCGCUGGUCGGGAUAACUAUAUCUUCAACGGAGGCACAGAUAGUUCCAGCGAAUCUACCAAUUAGAGAAGAUCCUACCUUUUCACUCCUUUUUUUCCUUUUCAUCUCUCUUACUCGUAAAGUAAAAGAGUGUAUUAUAUUCGUUGAAAAGUAAAAAAUUAAAAUUAUGAAGCCUUUCUAUUUUUAAACAGGCUCACUAGCCUUGUCCGUCUGUCCGUUUGAACGAUGAGAUCUCGGGAACUAUAAAUGCCAGGAUAUUAAAUAUGAUGAUUGUCGGGCUUACAACCUUUUAGUUUCCUUUUACCAAGCCAAUAGAAUUACACUUAACGUCAUUGAAAUUGAUUAACGAGUAUAAGAUAGUCGAGACACUCGACUAUAGUCUUCUUUCAUGUUUUUUUUUUUUGUGUCAUGUCUCUUAUUGUUGUUGAAUUUGUUUUUCUCUAUAUUGAACUCUCACUAAUUUCUCACACAUGUGCCAGUCAUCGUGAUGCAAUAAUGAGCUGCUGCCUUUUUAUAAAUAACUCUUAGUUUGUUCUUCGUUUUUCCUGUAGUGCUGUGUGCUUCACAGUGUACUUCUCUAGUAGUUCUUAAGCGAAAUCGUGUCAAAUUGUUCUUAGUUUGUAAGCGACAAAAUGUUUGUAAAAAAUCACAUUUUUUGUAUGAAUAAAAUGAAUAUUUUUCUAAA